UUCUCAAAUUCAUUUUCUCUUCUUUUGAUCUUCGUUACUCUUCUCAAAACCCUCGCAAGCUCUGCUCGUCCCCAUCGAUGGCGGCGCUCAACCGCCUUCUCCGCACGUCCUUCUUGGGGUCGUUGAGUCGUAUGUCGACGACGGCGGCGCCGGAGGGCGGUGGGCGGUUUGUGCCUGAGUUGGCGGUGCCGAAGAUGGGGGCUGGGCCGAGGAGAGAUCAUCGAGAGAGGGGAGUUCAGUGGGUGUUUCUUGGAUGCCCUGGAGUGGGGAAAGGUACGUAUGCUAGCCGGCUUUCGCAGCUUCUUGGAGUUCCUCACAUCGCAACUGGUGAUCUCGUCCGCGAGGAGCUCAGCUCUUCUGGUUCUCUUGCUCAGCAGCUUUCUGCAAUUGUAAAUCAAGGCCAUUUGGUAUCAGAUGAGAUAAUAAUAGAACUAUUGUCUAAGCGGCUUCAGAAUGGAGCUUCUAAUGGUGAAUCAGGAUUUAUUCUAGAUGGUUUUCCUCGGACCAUAAGACAAGCAGAAAUACUGGAGGGCGUGACUGACAUAGACUUAGUAAUCAACUUGAAGCUGAGAGAAGAUGUGCUACUUAAGAAAUGCCUUGGGAGAAGAAUUUGCAGCCAGUGUGGAGGGAAUUUUAAUGUUGCCUCCAUUGACAUCAAAGGCGAAAAUGGAAGGCCUGGUAUAAAUAUGGCACCUCUCCUUCCUCCUCCAAAUUGUGCCGCCAAGCUUAUUACUCGCUCAGAUGAUACUGAAGAGGUGGUGAAGGAGCGUCUCCGAGUAUACAAUGACACGAGCCUACCAGUUGAAGAGUUCUACCGCAAGCGAGGAAAGCUCUUGGAGUUCGAAUUGCCAGGAGGCAUUCCCGAGUCCUGGCCGAAGCUUCUGCGAGCGUUAAAUCUUGAAGACCAUGAUGACAAGCAAUCUGCAGCAGCUUGAUAAAAGACACCUCGCAAACGAUGUUUGCAAGGUCUAUUCUUUUAAUAAGAACUAAACUGAGCUCCAAGACCUAAAAAACCCAAUUCUGCUUCUGGUUUAGGAGGUUGUGACAAGUAUAUAGGCACGUCCAGAUGAAACAGCUAUAAAUUAUUAGUUUUGAUUGUGUUUGGGGGUGGUUUAUAUUUUGGUGCCGCAAUCCAAUUGUUUAAUGUGUUAUGUAUACUCUUCAAGAUGCUGUGUUUAUAAAAUUUCACAAUGUUCUCUCA